AUCUUUGCUUCAGAUGGCGAACGAAGCAUACCAGAAAGUUGUUUCCAUGAUUGAUAGGACCGUCAAUGAUGCCGGUAUUCUACUGCGGCACCUCCAAGACCGUCCACAACGGAGUUCGUCUGCCAGCAAUUAUAGCUCAUAUGGAGUAAGAGGCACAGCAAGGGCUAAAACAAAUGACUCCUGUAAAACGCCGCCUUCACCUAGCGCAAGCACUUCUGGAUCGGCCCAUACACCUCCAUACUCAAGGAAACGCAAAACAAAGAUCGUGAAGGAACAAGUGUACACUAAUGACCCGCAAUACGAUAAUCAUGGUGAGGUGAGGAUCAUGCAUGCAAACAACGUCUACAUCACCUGGGAUUCUGAUGGGAUGGUCGUUGGAAUGCCAGAACCUAUUGAAAAAACUGAAGAAUGUAAAGCAAAUGGGCAAGCAAUGAAAGUCAAUUCGUUAACGAAAACUGCUGUGGAAGGAGAAAGAAAUGAAAAACCAGCAUCCAAAGUAGACAAAGAGUUGCGAUACGAUGCCUCUAAAAUGAUCACGAAAGAGCGAAAAAGAACCCCUAAAAUUACCACUCCACGGACAAAAUCUUCGAGUAAAAGUACAUCAAAGAAAAAGAAGUCUUAUUUGAAGGAAACGGUCACUAGAACAGAAAUUUUCACAAGAAAGGAGGUUCCAGAUGGUGUUAGUCCAUCGAAAGCAGUGAUAAAGAAUAAAGAAAUAAAAACAACAACUACCACAAACAUCUACCCAGAUAAGACGCCUGAGGCGCCACUACCUGAAACGCAAGUUAAGCGUACAUUUACAAGAAGUGAAUCUUCAGUUGGCUCAAAAAAUGCGGAACCGUUCAGUAGAUUUCUUUUAAACGGAGAAAAGGAGUCUUGCCAAAAAGAUAACGUAGCAACAGUAAAAGAUGCUCUUGAAGCCGCAUUGACAGAUUGGGAGGAGAAGCACCGUCCGAAAAAACCAAUAGAUCCAUACCGUCCGCCAAAGAAAACAUCAAAGAAAAGCUUUCGCACAUCGUCCAAAAAGUCUUCAAGGGUGAAAGUGAUCAAAAUUGACACAUCAACUGCAAAUACAAGCGAGUCAGCCAAAGUGCUUAGGCGGAAGGCCUCGAAGAAGAAGAAAAGAGAAAAGACAAAUGUCGCUAAGUCGAAAACUCCUACUGAGAAUGAUGAUAUGAAGACAGCCACGGGGACUACGUCAAAUGGAGGCUCUACUACUCUUCCAGAGUGGGGACUCGCAUCUGCGGAGCUUCCGGUGGAGAAACGUGCUAAAAGAGAGAAAUUAGAGCCGCCAUCAACAUUAACAUUUUCGCCUUCGCACUCGUCAUUGCUCGGAAAAAAAGUCAAACCGAGAUCCCCACCAAAAGUCCGAAGACAUUCAAGAAACCAAAAAAGAUCGGAAGGCUUUAACUUGGCAGAGCGAUCCGAGUCUUACUUGGACCGGCAAAUAAGUGCUGCUAGGCGAAGAGAAAGAACAGCAAAAAAGCAGAUUCGCCAGGCAAGAGACAGUAUCAAAGAAUCUAGAAAGUCUAUGAAAGACUCUGAUAAAGAAAGGAGAUCAGUCAAAAUUUUCGAAAACCCAACCUCACCGCGGUUUCUGAAGCCAAAAUAUGAUGUACCCGAUGAGUUAAAAAUACAAAGAGAAGAAUCUAGUACAUCAGAUUCUUCAAAAAAGAUUGAGAAAGCGAGGACGCCGAGGAAAAAGGAAUCGAAGCGAGAGCCAUCGGACAUAUCAGAAGCUACUUUUAUGAAAACUGCAAAGAUUGCUACUCCGACACAACCAGUUCCUAUGCCCGAAUGGGGAUUAAGCUCGCAAGAGUUAGCAGUUGAAUACUCUUCUCCAAAAAGGGUGACAACGGCGAAGCCACCUACGGAGACCUUGCGAUACUCAUCCUCACAUUCAUCGCUGAUUGGAGGAAAAGUGCAGAGAAAAUCGCCGCCGAGCGCUAGGUUUAGGAAACAUUCAAAAAAGAGUAGAAGAUCAGAUGGCUUGCAGUUGGCAGAAAAAUCUGAGUCAUACCUAGAUCGACAGAUCAGUGCUGCCAGGAAAAGAGAAAAAACUGCUAAGUUGCAGAUUCAGCGGUCUAGGACAAAAAUUAUCGAAGCACGAAAGGCUAUGAAGGAAAUAGAUGAGGCAAGUAGGAGUAAAAAGACUUUUGAGAAUCCUGUUUCUCCGAAGUAUUUGAAAGCGAGAUACGCUGUACCUGAAGAGUUGAAAGUUCAUAGAGAUUCGGAUGAGAAGGUCUCUGAUCAGUCUGACUCCGAAAGACGUCCUAAAUCACCAACGAGCGAUUCAAAAUCAGACAAACGUUCAAGUAAGCCGUCCAAGAAAGAAGAUAGGAAGAAAUAUGUUGAGACUGAAGAGUUUCUACCAGAAAAACCAGAACGUUCGGAGUCUUAUCUGAAUCUAGUAAGUAGAUAUGCUAUCGCAGGACGAAAAAUCAAGAAGCCUUUGGAAAAGACCGAAAAUAUCCGAGCAAAAAGAGCCAGUAUACGACAGUCAAGAAAAACCAUGUCAGGUCAUGAUAAAGAAAAACGUAGUAGAGAAUUUAUGAAUCCAGCAAAGGCACCUAGUGUUCAUACCAUACAGAAAAAGCAAGAAGUAAUAGCUUCCGAACUACAGCGGGUAGAGGAAAAACAAGCUCUAUCGCCCAAGGAGUUUAAAUCACGUACAAGAGCUUAUUCACCAAAGAUAGGACGUCACUUCAAAAGAUUGGAGGCACCAGGAGCCAGACGAUCUCGCAAACGCCACAUGAAACGAAGGCCAAAGAAAAAAGAAAAAUUCAGAUUGGCAGGACCUUCACAGUCAUGGUUACAGCAUUCGCUGAAAUUUGCCGAAGCAGGGCGAAAAGCUAGAAGAAAACCGGGAGAUGAGGAUCACCUUCCAGAAGGCUUCAAAAAAUCAGGAAAAGUGGAGGGAAAAGAAGCAUAUAGUGGCGAAGAAGUUGUGGGCAGUAAGGAAAAGACUGCCUCAGAUCGAGACAAACUUGACACAGCUCUAUCAAUGGAUUUGAGUGGUUCAGAAAGGGACUCAAUAAGGGCUAAAAGGGAUUUCCCAUCGCUUAGAGAAAAUACUGCAGGAAGACCGAGAAGUGAAAGUCUUAAAUUAAUCUAUAAUACUGCUCGUAGUAAGACACCGACAAAAAGGCGCGAUGAAGGGCCUGUUUGCUGGAGAUGUAAAAAAUGCAACGCAACUUUAACACCCUCAAUGGUUAGUCGAGGAGAAGCUGAAAUGGAAUCACCUCUUGCUCUCACAUCUGCCGGUCCAACCGAGGAAUCAACAGUAGACCCUAGGCUUCUGACACCUCGAGGCAGCGCAACAAGUUUGAGGAAAUCAUCCAAAUCUAGAAGAGAAAAGUCGGAAGUUAAAAAAUCGACAUUAGCAGAACCGAUACCCCCGUGUACAUGCGAAGAUAAAAUUGCGAUAAGAGAUAGUGCACCGGAAAAUGACUUAAAUUUUGAUGCUAAGUUUGAAUUGCACGAUGUUGACACAGAUAGGCAGCACACACUGGUUAUCAAUGGUUAUUUCAUCGAUAAAAAUUUGAAAAGACUAACUUUAAAUGGAAUGUUUUGCAAGCUUUAGAUGGCGACAUUUUCUGUGAUUGGAUUCAAAGUUUUCGAAUGAUGCAACAAUUGAUACUCGAAGUCGCAUAAAAAAUUCUCACAUUUUUUGGUGUCUUCUUUUUCAUGUCGCUGAUUGGCACGUGUUGAAUGCUUGACCAAUUUCAUUCAUUUU